AUGUCGCAGAACGCGGCGGCGUGGGCGCAGCAGGCCGAGCGGGAGCGCCGGGCGCCGUUCACGGACCCCAUCGAGAUCCCGGCCACCUCGGGGCCGCGGCGGGAGACGAACAACCGGGAGGAUCAGGGAGACGACGGCGAGGCGGCGGCGCCCCCGCACGUGCUGCUGGCACGGCGCAGGGCGGCGUCCUCGGUGUGCUCCGGGCAGGGCCGCACGCUCAAGGGCCGGGACCUGCGCCGCGUGCGCGACUCCGUCCUGCGGAUGACCGGCUUCAUCGAGAGCUAG